AAUCUGAAGGAGGGACGUUUGAUUCGGAAAUUGGGCGGGAGGUGAAGUGCCUAAUAAAGGGCUGAAGUGCGCACAAACUCACACCACGAACACGGGCAUCAGCAGCACAUAUCCAAGAGGUCUGGACACUAUAUCAUAACGGUUAUCGAUUUCUCUGUACCGAUUUCGAAUCCGAUUUUGAAAGUGAAAGUGAAUACUUCGCCCAGACAUUUUAAGCAGAGCAAAGCAGUCAUCUUUGUAAGAAGACCUUUAUUUACCUUCUUCCUCGAAAUCUGUUCAUGGCAAUCAAAGGUCGGAGAUGAUGCUGGAAUGUUUUGAUGAAAACCUUUCACUGCAGGCAUCACAAAUGUUAAAAGUAAAAGCCAAGAAAAUUAAUUCAAAACCAUAUUUCCAAUCUGUGUGGGAAAAAUGUUAUCUUGAAAGAACUUCAUAACAUGAGCUAAAAAAACAACGAGAGUGGCCGAAAUAAUGUACAACAGCUACUCGAAGAAAUGAAAAGUGUGCCAGGUAAAUUUGAAUGAAAGGGCAACUGUGGUAGCUGGAGACAUAAUCUUAAUUUCAAUUGUCACAGCCACGAAACAAUUAAAAAACAUCAUCUGGCACAUUACUUUCAUAGUGGAGCGUUUACUGAAUCACAAUUAGACACAUGCAUGAAGUGGCUGUGUUUUUCAUUCCCGACAUUAACGCUGAACUAUUUGACAAAGGGAAUUCAACAUGUCAAAAAGUACCACACUGUUUACUUUAUGGAUCUCUGGUAUUUGUCACAUAAAAUUAUGAUUGCGUUGGUAAUUAAGUUGUUCAUGACAGAACUUUCUUGUUCUGAUGUCACAGAGUGCAAUAAAGGUGGAGUACUUGAGGUUGUUUAUUGCACACAUCAAAAGGAACAGUUAGUGAUUUGAACUGUUAAUUUUUAUCGUAAUGACGUAGCAUGGUGCCAGACUGGGUGUGUCUUAACAGUUAAAAAGCUUUGGUUCAAAAGUGAAGAAAUAAUUUAUGAUGCAUAUAUAAAGCAGAUUAAAGAAUGACGUCAAAAUUUUGCUUAAACAUUAUUCUAAGAAAAUAUCCAACAUGUGUCAAAGCAUGUUAUUUAAUUGGAUCACCCAUCAGAAGAGAAAAUUACUAUAGUUUCAAUAACAGUGAUCAACAGUGAAGAAGAAUAUUUUUAAAUUUUAAAUUUUUACAGUGUCUAUGAGAAAAAACUAAAUGAGCCGAUACAAAAGUUAUUAUGACAUCAUGUAUAUCCUGCUCGGUGUUGUGCUUCUUUCAACAAUAUUUGCACAAGGCUUGCAGGUAAACAAUCGAGAAACUGAAGUAUUUAUUGAAGGUGAAUUUAAACAAUUGUCCUGGUCAUUUAGUGAAGAUGUAACUGUAAAGUAUUAUUAUAAUGGAAGCGUUUCAAAUUUUAACAAUAACAUCGAGUCAAAGUACAGUCAGAGACGUGCUCGAUUAAUUUUUUCUAAUGUGGAACUUUCACAAGCUGGAAUAUACACAUGUGUUGGGACAAGCAAACGCACUCAAGAAUCUGUGAAUGGAAGUAUUUCACUUACUGUUAAGAAAAGUAUCCCGCCAAAUGUAACCAGUGUCUUUGAAGGAAUUACUAUAAAAGCAGGAAAGAGUCAAGUGUUCGAAUGCAUUGCUACAUCAUUACCACCUGUAAUAACAUAUCAAUGGAACAUAGGACAUAUUCAAGUGAGAAAUGAACCACGUUUCACUGAAGUCAAUGGUGCAGUCUUUAAAAUACUAAAUAUGACAAAGAGUAUGGAAGGCAAUUAUUCCUGUACAGCAGAAAACUCUAUCUAUCAGUUAGGUCAUUCCAACACUUUCAGGAUAACAUUUAAAGAAGAUAUUGUGGGGCCAAUUCACAAUUUAAUGUCUAUGGCUGUUGUGGGUUUUGAAUCUAGCCAACAUUUAUUGAAUUGGUCAGUUCCAAUGGAUCUAAAUGAAAACCUGGAAAGUGAAUUACAAUAUUCAGUUCGAUAUUGUAAUGCUAGUUAUUGUGAAAACAAAGUUACAGAUGUUACUGAGAUGCUUUUGAUGGAUUUGCAACCAGAUAUGGAAUAUAAUUUUACUGUUGCUGCUCUUGAUAAAAAUCUAAAGGCUGGGCAUUCUGUUUCUGAUACAUUUAAAACCUUAUUGUGCACUAGCAUGCAAUUGAAAUGUCAAAGUAAUGAUAUGUGUUUUCCACGAAAUGCAUCCUGUAAUGGAGUUGUUGACUGUCUAGAUCAAUCUGACGAAAUGUCUCUGUUUGGAUGCAAGCCACCCAUGGGUGCUGUGAAUAUUUCAAUUGAAACACAAUCUGCCACAAGUAUACGUGUGAAAUUUACAAAAUUACCGUCAACAGAGCAUGUUACAAAGUAUGAUUUAGUUCUCAGUGAUGGAACAACCAAAAGGGAAAAAAAUAUUUCUGAAUCAGAAAUACCAAGUGUUGAUUUUUCCUCUCUUCAAUCUUUCACCAUGUACACUAUUUCCAUUACACCAGUAAAUCUGGCUGGUCGUGGUAAUUCAAGCUAUAUAAAUGCAACUACGUUAUUGGCUGAACCUGACCAGAUAAGAAAUCUGAAGACUUUGUUUCCGGGUCGUAAUUUUAUUACGAUAACAUGGACUCCUUCAAAUGGAAAGUUGAUUCGAAAGCAGAUCAUUGAAGUAAAACCAGCAAGUACCAAUAAUGUAACCAGAAUCGAAGUUAUGAGUAAUGUUUCAAGAUACCGGAUAUUUCCUUUAAUUCCAGACACAGCAUAUCAAAUUGAAGUUUUUGCUGUAAAUGACGCAGGAAGGGGACCACCUCGUACAUUAAACUUUCAGAAAACAAGCAAAAAUGUUUGUCCUGGAUCAGACUGGUACCACAUACCUGGACCUCCCAGUGGAAUUUGUCUUUAUGUUGGUAACAAUCAAGGUAAUGGAGUCACAAAGACACAAGCAGAACAUAAUUGUAUGGAGCUGACUAACUCCACAGUUGCACAAUUGACUGUCCUAGAGAUUCCUAUUUUCAAUAAUAUACUCAGAGAAAGGACUAUGAAAAAAGCAUAUAUUGGUUUAACAUAUCAAGGAAAUGAAUUUGUUUGGGAUAAUGGCAGCCCCUAUAGAUUACAACCAGUUUUUCCUUUGACCUUUGAAGCAAACAAAGCAUGUGUAGUUUUUGAAAGCAAGCAAUUACCCCCGCGAUUACUACCUGUCGAUUGUGCAUGUGGUACAAAGGAUAGUUGUAAUGGCAAUGCAUAUGGUUAUGUAUGUAAGAGAAACGAAGAACCAUUUAAAAUUAAAUUGGUCACCCGAGGAUGGAAUGCAUUGACCAUUGAAUGGCCAAUAACAAGUCUUGAUGGAGUGCGACCAUUUCAAGUGUCAGUAAAUGGUGUGAUAAUAAAAAAUGUAGCAGAAAACAUGGCAAAUGUUACUGGCUUAGAUGAAAAUACAACGUAUGCUAUUCAAGUUCGGGAAAAUUUUAUGGGCUUUGGACCUUGGUUUGAAACAGCGAUGCUGAAAACCAGGACAUUUGUCACACCAAGCAUGCCACAGAAUAUUAGCAUUAUGGUCACAUACAUGAAUAAUAUAAGUACUGUUAAAAUAUCGUGGCAACUCGGAAUGUUAGGUGACAGUCAAAAAGAGAAUGUGUACUUACUUGUCAAUGUAACAACAGUGGCAGGAGACGCUGUCAGAAGUUUAAAGACAAUGAAGAAUCCUGUAGUCUUGUCAGAUAUGAUGUUACGAAAAAAUUAUUCCUACAAUUUGCAAUUUUUUGACAAUGUCGAAAAACGAUACAGUGAUGUUGUAAUGGGGCAAUUUGAAAUUAGAGAAGGAGAAAAAAUUGGUCCUGUUAUGAACCUUACCCAUUUUGUUGUUCUAAGUUAUGAGUCGGAACAUCAGAAGUUAUCUUGGUCUCCUCCUAACAAAUCAAGUACCAUGUUUCAGUACAAGGUUACCUAUUGUAUUUACAAAAAUGUUACAACAAACAUGUAUUGUGAAGAUGUAAUAACCAACAAAACAAUGAUUACUCUUACUAACCUGACGAGCUCAACAAAGUAUGUUUAUUAUGUCGAAGCCAUGACAAUGGAGGGAUCUGUUAGCGAAAAAGCAACCGGAAGCUUCACAACAUUGCUGUGUAACUCGAAUGAAUUUAAAUGCAACACUGGAAAGACAUGUAUUUCUAGGGAAAAACUUUGCGAUCGUGUCUCAGAUUGUCUUGAUAGUUUCGAUGAAAUGUAUAUGUACGCGAAAUGCAAUCACACAAGUGCUGUGCAGAAUUUGACAACAUCACCAAUAUUAAACAUGGAAUCAACUGCGCAACACAUCAUGUGGAAUGCACCUAUUAUCCUAAACAAAAACAGCAUCUUAACUUUGACAUUUUUCGUGAGAUAUUGUGAAAUCAACAUGACACAGAUGAUGCGCUGUCAAAAUGUUUCAGUGGUUGGCAAGACAGAAGUUAAUGUUACUGGAUUAACACCUGGAAGAAUGUAUUGGUAUUCUGUAAAAGUUGUUACACCAAGGAAUGAAAGUAGUGUUGCUGCAAAUUCUUCAUUUUCAACACUUCUGUGCAAUUCCCUGCAAUGGCAAUGUACAAGUGGUAGUGUGAGCUGUGUGGCAAAAAAUCAACUUUGCAAUAAGAAUCUCGAUUGCCAAGAUGGUUCCGAUGAAAUGGAGAUGGCGAAUUGUAAAAAACCAAUGCCAAUUAAUUUUAUGUUGAUGCCAUUUUCGGAAUCAAUCUAUGUAUCGUGGGAUGCGCCAGCCCAAAACGAACGUAUCACAGGAUAUGGUUUGAUGUAUACUGAUGGAAACAUGACAAGUAAUGUCAGUGUGCCAUAUAACUACACCAGUCAUACAAUAAGAGGUUUGAAACGAAAUACAACAUAUCAUGUGACAUUGUAUGCAAUGAAUCCAUCAGGUCAAAGCAAUACGACAACAAAAUAUAAAACAACAAAAUUCUGUAAUGAUACAGAGUUUCAGUGUAUGGACUUCAGUUGUCUUGCACUUAACAAGACAUGCAAUAAAGUUGCUGACUGUGCAAAGAAUGAAGAUGAACUCCAUAGUGUUGCAAAUUGUUCGCUACCCGCUCCAUUGCAAUUUACAAUCCAACCUGCCUAUGAUGGAUUUGACUUGAUGAUUGUAAAGCCCACUGAAGAUGUUUUAAGAGUGAAACUGAUAAUCUAUGGUGUAAUGAUGGAAUUAGUUAGUCUAAAUAUGAAUGAGUUAAAUACAACCAUUUCAAGACGUAAUUCAAGCCUGUUUCUUCCUGGAAUGAUGUAUUCUAUUCAAGCAAGAUCUAUUAGUCUUGCUGGUAAUGGUUCCAGUACGAAGAUGAAUUUUACAACUCUUGGGCCAAUUGUUAAGAAAGUCGUUUCAUUCGUUGGCUCAACGUUGCAAUCCAUAGUUAUUAAACUUGAAGGAACUGCUGGCGCUAGCUCAACAUUGGUAUCCUAUCAAAUCGAAAUUUUAAAUGGAUCAACUAAAACUAUUUUAAAUGUAAGUGCAGUGGGUAUAAGUGAGUAUGAGAUAAGGAAUUUAAAUCACAGUACGACGUACAAGAUUCGAUAUCGUGCUGAAGAUGGCGAUGGAUAUAGUGUAUACAGCGAUUUUGGAGAAUAUGCAACGCAAAGAUUAGAAAAACCUCCACCUGUGACAGGAUUAAAAUUAGGAAGAAUUAGUUGGAAUUUUUUUGAUAUUUCAUGGAUUCUGUCUACUGGCGAUCUGAUUCAAAAGCAGAUCAUUUAUUAUAGCGAUGAGUUUAACCAAACUGUUUCAAUCGAAUUGAACAAAAAUGUCACCAGUUAUCGUUUGCACUCUUUGAAGCAAAACACAACAUAUUUUGUUGAACUUGUAGCUGUGAAUGAUGCAGGUCGGAGUAUCAAAGAAAAUCUAGGGUUAACAACUACAGAUCCCAAUUUAUGCCCUGGCUUUGAUUGGAAAUAUUUUAAUCAAAGUUGUUAUCAUGUGGAUGAUAAUUCUGGAAAAGGAGCAUCGUAUGCGAUGGCGAGGCAGUACUGUAUGAUGUUAAAUACCACGUUAGCUUCAAUAACCACUCCUAAAACCAUCGUCACCCUUCAGAUAUUUAUGUCAAUAUUAUUCAAAGAUCGAAGUCUCUACAUUGGUUUAACUCAAAAUGGCAGUACCUUCGCAUGGGAGGAUGGAAGCACUAAUUUCAACGCUGUUUUUUCCUCUAAUCUAACUUCACCUUCCAACGGUUCGAGGUGUGGCACCCUACAUCAGACAAAUAUAAAAACAUUUAGCGAUGUAACCAUGGUGGAUUGCGCUUGUGGUGAAAUAACCCAAUGUGAUAAAAUGGUUUAUGGAUUUGCUUGCGGAAGAAAAGAUGUGGCAUUGAAGCCAGUACAAAUUUCACUAGAGGGUGUUGGAUGGAAUAGCUUGAAUAUAUCGUGGCCGAAAACCAAUGUGUUAAAUAAUCGACCUUUUGAAGUAGAAGUUAAUGGGAGGUCAUUUAAUGUGAUAGGAGCUUCGACACCACUACUUGGCUUGAUGGAGCAAACUAAUUAUUCUGUGAGAGUGCGAGAAAUUUUUAAUGGGCUUUCACCCUGGUCGGAAAUUGCUCAAUUUGGCACGCGAAGUUUUGUUUUUCCUGAUGCACCCACUAAUAGUACGGCUGAGCUGGUCCAAUUUAAAGAAUCUUCCAUGGUAAAAGUCUCCUGGAUGAAGGGUGCUCUUGGGGAUUCUGAGAUUUUAUAUGCGGAGGUCAAUAUAACUGAAACGGAGAGCAAAAAACACGUGGUUUCCAAGAAGACACAUUUGACAAUGUUGAGUAUUCCGAAGCUGACACCGAACACUAACUAUACUUAUAUCAUACAAUUUCAUGAUACGAUUAAUAAUAGAAGAAGUGGAGCUGUUAAUGGUACAUUCAAGACGAAUGAAAAAGAUAACUGUAGAGAAACUGAAUUCUUCUGUGUUGGAAGCACACACUGCGUGAAUAAAUCACUUAGAUGUGAUAACAUAUUACAUUGUAUGAAUGGUGCUGAUGAAUUACUUGUUGCGAAUUGCGAAGUCCCUGCUAAGGUCAACAUCACCAAUGUUGUAGCUGGUUUUGACUUCAUCGUCAUUACCUGGUUAGAUCGCACAACGGCAGAUAGAAUACGCAAUUACACUUUACAGUUAGAUAAUGAAACAAUGAUAACAGUUUCCAAUGUCACCAUGUAUCGCUUCAGUAACCUGAUGAAUGCUACUACUUAUAAUGUAUCCAUAACAGCCACCAAUCCAACUGGAGUCAGUAUGGCGACGUAUGAACGUGCUACCACAGCUGGUUCGCGAGAACGAACGGGCCCAGUCUCCAUGUUGGAUAAUACACCCGCGCUUAAAUACGAAGACACGCGAAGAGCAAUUUCCUGGAAAUUACCCACAAUGCUCAACAACAACGACGAAAACCAACUGACUUACAUAGUGAAGUGGUGCAGAUACAUAAACUACACACUAUGUCAGAUGAGAAACACAACAAACCUUGAAUUGACUAUUAAAGGGCUGAUGCCAAAUACGUCUUAUUGGUUUAACGUGAUCGUACACAACGAAUAUAUGUUGCUUAGCGAUGCUGUUAAUGGGAUGUUCAACACGAGUCUGUGUCCGUCAACACAAUGGAGUUGCGCAUCCAUGAUGCAAUGCGUGAACCUAACGCUUCUUUGUAAUGGACAAUUCGAUUGCUCUGAUGGUUCUGAUGAAAAAAGUGUGGCAAACUGCAAACCACCAUCUAAAGUAAUGCUGACUCAGCAACUCGAUGGUUCAAACUUUUUGUGGAUAUCAUACAAACGAUUAAACAUGUCUGAAAGAGUGACGUCAUAUAUGUUUGUUUUGCGUGCGCCAAAUAAUACAGUCAUUUAUAACGAAACAUUCAUUCCGACGAUGAAGGAUAACCGUGUGGAGAUAUUGGGAUUGGAAGAACAAACAUAUUACAACGCAAGCAUUACUGUAGCUAAUCCAACUGGCGAAACGACAAGCACAGCAAAGUUUCAAACCGUUAACAUCAGCAUGCCUGGACUAGUUCGAAAUAUAACAAGCAAGGCAACUCGUUAUAAAGAAUCUUCCUCUGUCAUGCUCAAUUGGGAGCGUCCAAUCAACACUGGCGGAAGACUACCAUCUUUGCUCAAUUACCACACAAUUUAUUGCCCAUAUGCAUCAAAACAGGACGCAUCCAAGUGCUUAAUGAAAAAUAUUUCAAUGGGAGUUACGUCAUUGGUGUUGGAAGGCUUACAGCCUAACACAAAGUAUAUGAUCAAUAUAUCGGUGUGCGGUGGCCCCACCUACUAUGGUGACGCAAUUAGCUUUAUGUUCACCACUUUAGAAAGAGACACAUGUCAUUCUGGACAGCAUCGUUGUCCUGUCAUUUGCGUGGAUCAAAGUAGAGUUUGUGAUAACAUCAUAGAUUGUAGUGAUAAUAGCGAUGAAAGUAAAGUGGCCAAUUGCGUUGUCCCAAUGGCUGUUUCAAACAUCGCCCUUUCGCAGAGUCGAUCGUUUUGGAAUGCUUUAUUUAUUUCUUGGGCAAAUCCGGGUCUACCUCAAUCAGAUGAGGUUAACUCUGUGGUACUGCCAUCAGUUUUCACAUACGCAGCUGAAAUCGUUUGUAACAACACUCAAACGAAAAGGGUAGAGGGCAUCAACAAAACGAACGUGUUCUUUGACGACCUCCCCGCGACAAUUUCAACGCCUGUCAACUGUACAGUAUCUGUUGCCGCACAGAAUUUGAUUGGUUUGGGACCAGUGGCGAGCGUGACAAUAACAACGCCUAUAAUAGGUCUUCCAAGUCAAGUGACCUCGUUGAGAGAAGCUCCAGUGUUUGGCUGGGAAAAGACACAACGAAAGUUAACCUGGAAGACCCCAUCUGAUCUUGGCAAUGCGCGUGCCUCCGAAAUAACAUAUAGCGUCUAUUGGUGUGCGUCCGUCGAUAACGCGGUGACAAAUUGCAGUAAAGCUGUCCCGGUAAAUGGUACCAGCUUCAUCAUCACCAACUUAACAGCCAACGUAGAGUACCAAUAUUUUGUCUAUCCUGUCAAUUUGCGUGGACUCAACGGAAGUUUUUCAUCGUCGGCUGCGUUCACAACAAACACUACUGACUCGCUUCCAUCAGCUCCAGUUGAUCUCAACGCUAAACAACAUUCGAACGACCCAGAAGAAAUGGUUGUGUUAGCCUGGAAACCACCCCAGAUACUACCAGGUCUUAACGCUGACAUGGUCACCUACAAGAUUCUUUAUUGUAAGGCUGAAUUGACGUGUACGGAUUUUGUAACAGUCAAAAAGACAGAGCAUACAAUAGGGAACCUCGAUGAUGAUACCAAGUACCGCUUUGAGGUGUCCGCGCUCAAUGGAAGAGGAGACGGCCAGGGUCCACCUGCUUCAGUUGAGAUUACCACUCAAAAAGCGAAUCUUGAGAAUUGGAAGGUUGUUUUAAUUGUGCUCGGAGCUUUAGUGUUGAUAUUGCUUUGCAUAAUUGCGGUUUGUUAUUGGCAUCGGUCCAGUUCCAAAACUAAAGCGAGCUACAAUACGCACAACGAGAGCCAAACAAACAAAGGUUACGAUGAAGAGAACUCUGUGUAAAUAUUAUUAUAACUUGUUUUAAAAUUUAAAAUCUCUUUAGCAUAAAAAACAAAAACAAAAGGGUGUGCUUACUGAAAGUCCUCAUAGCUAGCAUCAGCUCUAUUUAGUUUCAUAACUACUAGGAACGUUUAACCUCUGUCAGUUUUACGCGAACCUCUUACUUAUAAUGUAAAUAUUUUCUUUUUUGAACUUGUAAAGAUUGUUCUUUUCAUAUGACACACCCUUUGGAACACCAAUGUUGAAAAUAGCUUGGAUAAAAACUGAAAAUCAAUAGGCGUCCAGGACGCGUGCGUGUUCGAAUAAUUUCGUUGCGUUUUUUAUUUUACUGUUUGUAAUUGUAGCUGAUAUGAUUGUUAAGUGUGUUUUGAUAAUAAUUUCCUUUUUUUUAUUGCAUUGUAAUUAUUUUCUUGGGAGCGGCGUCAAUGCUUUGAAAAUUAUUUUUAAUGACCAUAUUUGGACAGUGAAAGAGCACAUGUGUUUUAAGAAUAAGAAUGUGGUUUAUGAAAAAAUAUCACGCUGCUGUUUCAUGUUAGAAACAAAUGGUCUGUUGUUUGGAACCAUAGAGAAAUAAGAAAAAUGACCUGCCAGGUUUGAAUUUUUGUAUUCUUGUAAAAAAAACAUGUGUCGGUAAGAAUUAAAUUUUACGUUUGUAUUUUUUAUAAAAUAUAGAAAUAAAAAGUUAAACAUUUAA